ACACCCUCCGCUGAAGCCCAGAUGGUGCAGUCAUUGGGCUUUGCCAUCUACCGGGCGCUGGACUGGGGACUGGAUGAGAACGAGGAGCGGGAGCUGAGCCCGCGGCUGGAGCAGCUCAUCGACCUGAUGACCAACAGCGACUCAGAGGACAGUGGCUGCGGCACGGCCGACGAGGGCUAUGGGGGGCAAGAGGAGGAGGAGGAGGGGGGCGAGGGGCCACCGCGUGCUGUGCGCACCUUCGGGCAGGCCAUGCGGUGCUGUGCCGCCCGCCUGGCCGACCCCACCGAGGCCCAGGCACACUACCAGGCCGUCUGCCGGGCGCUCUUCGCUGAGACUGUGGAGCUGAAAGCCUUCCUCGCCAAGAUCCGUGAUGCCAAAGAAAUGCUGCAGAAGCUGAAGGAGGACGAGGAAGCAGAGGAGCGGCCGGCGGCGGAGCUUGGCAGCCUGCGCAACACUGACUGGGCCCGGCUGUGGGUGCAGCUGAUGCGGGAGCUGCGGCAUGGGGUGAAGCUGAAAAAGGUGCAGGAGAAGCAGUUCAACCCCCUGCCCACCGAGUACCAGCUCACCCCCUUCGAGAUGCUCAUGCAGGACAUCCGUGCCCGCAACUACAAACUCCGCAAGGUCAUGGUGGACGGAGACAUCCCCCCGCGGGUGAAGAAGGACGCCCACGAGAGCUGCAGCCACUGCCUGAGGCCCCAUCCAUGGAUCCCACAGGCAUCGGAGCGGCGGCUGCGGCCCUUGCCCCAGAAGCAGAGGACACUCCACGAGAAGAUCCUAGAGGAGAUCAGACAGGAGAGGAAGCUUCGACCCGUGGAGGCACCGUACCGCGGCCAGAAAGGUUACAGCUCCCUGCCCUGCAUCCCCCACGCCUGCUCGGGCCGCCUGGCCUCCAGCUCCUGCCUCGAGCUCUCCCGAACCCCAGUGAGCACUGUGCCGGCGCGCCCACGGCCCCGCGUCCUGCUCAAGGCACCCACGCUGGCCGAGAUGGAGGAGAUGAACGUCUCCGAGGAGGAGGACUCUCCAAUCGCAGAGGUGUCGCUGAAGCGGGACCGCUCCUUCUCAGAGCAGGACCUGGCACAGCUGCAGAGCCAGCUGGGGGGUGGCCAGGCUGAGCCCCAGGAGCUGGAGUCACUGCAGCCCGAGCCCCGGCCCCGCUCAGGCUCUGUCCCCGCCAGCUGCCACCCACUGCCGGACAGCUCGGCACCACCCCGGGCUGCCCUCGGCGCCGUGGAGGAGAGGCCAGAGGACGGAUCCAGCGCUGCCCCUGGCACCAGCUCCAAACACCUCUGGCUGGAGUUCAGCCACCCCGUGGAGAGCCUGGCCCUCACUGUGGAGGAGAUGAUCAAUGUGCGCAGGGUACUGGUCAAGGCGGAGAUGGAGAAGUUCCUGCAGAGCAAGGAGCUGUACAGCAGCCUGCGGAAGGGGAAGGUCUGCUGCUGCUGCAGGGCCAAGUUCCCCCUCUUCUCCUGGCCUGCAGCUUGCCUCUUCUGCAAGCGGUCUGUCUGCACCUCCUGCAGCCUGAAGAUGAAGAUGCCUUCCAAGAAGUUGGCUCACAUCCCUGUCUAUGCGCUGGGCUUCGAGAGCCUCCCGGGCUCACUGCUGGCCAAAGCCCUGCCGUGCGGAGGAGAGAGUCUGCGGAGGAGAGAACCCUUCCACUCGCUCCCAGGCACGUGCUGGCGCCGGGUGGAAGAGGAGUUCCCCCACAUCUACGCCCAGGGCUCCGUCCUGCGAGACAUAACUGCUGAGGAGUCAGAGGAUGAGCUACCGUCCAGAGAGGAGCGAGGGGAUGCCCGGCUCAGAGAGCAGGAUGCAGCAGAAGGGAACAACAAAGGGGCUGUAACUGAAGAGGCUGAAGGCAAUGGGCAGAGAAAUGGGGAGGAGGCAGAGCAGCCGGACCAAACGCCUAUGUUGAGUAACAAGCCACGAAAGAAAAAAAAGAAAAGGAAAACCAAGAAACCUUCAGCAGGGGAGACUCUGGAAGACAAUGACCUGGAAGACAUCGACAGCCUGUUGGAGAAGAUUGAAGAUACCAAUGGGCUAUCACAGCAGACCCAGAGCGGAUUAAUCGUUGACAGCAGGCCUCUGCUCUACAUAGAGCACAGAAACUUGAAUCCAGAGAACGAGUUGAAGAGAUACUUUGGGGCUCGUGCUGUUCUUGGUGAUCAGAGGCAAAGGCAGCGCCAGUGUGUCCGCGGCACGUGGCUGACGACUCCCCAGAGCACCUGGCCGCGCUACACCAGAACAGGUAUUGUCAUGCAGCUGGUGGACACCAAGGGGGGAGUGCAGUACUUCACGUUUGAGCACCAUCGCAAGUACCAGGAAGUGCAGUUGAAGUUCCUGGAAAAUGUAGAGACCAUGGACCCCAACAGUGUUGUGCCGCUGCUUCAGGCACUGGAACCGUACCAUGUGGACUCCCUUCUGCUGCUCAGCGACGUGUGCCGGAUGCAGGAGGAUCAGGAGAUGGCCCGUGAGCUCGUAGAGCAGGCGCUGUACAGCCUGGAGUGCUCCUUCCACCCCCUCUUCAGUCUCACCAGCGGGACCUGCAGGCUGGACUACCGGCGGCCAGAGAACAGGUCUUUCUUCCUGGCUCUCUUCAAGCACCUGAUGUUGCUGGAGAAGAGAGGCUGUCCCCGGACAGCCCUGGAGUUCUGCAAGUUGAUUCUGAGCCUUGAUCCAGAGAACGACCCGCUGUGUGUGCUGCUGCUGAUCGAUUUUCUGUCCCUCCGAGCACGAGAAUACACCUUCCUGACCCGCAUGUUCCAGGAGGUGGAGAGUCACCGGAAUUUGUCCCAGCUCCCCAAUUUUGCCUUCUCGGUGCCGCUGGCCUAUUUCUUCCUGAGCCAGCAGGAGGAGCGCUCGGAGCUGGAGCUAAGCCAAGCCCGGGAGAAAGCCGCCCGGCUCAUCCAGCUCGCGUUGAUCAUGUUCCCAAGCGUUCUUAUGCCGUUGUUGGAUCACUGCAGUGUGCAGCCUGAUGCCAGGGUUGCGUCCCAUUCCUUUUUUGGGCUGAAUGCUCAGAUAAGUCAGCCUCCCGCCUUGAACCAGCUGACGUCCCUCUACGUGGGAAGGACUCACUCCCUGUGGAAGGACCCAGCUGUCAUGGCGUGGCUGGAGCCCAACGUCCAUGAGGUGUUGCGCUUGGUGGAUGCCCGGGACCCGCUGGUGGAGGAGUCUGAGCACAAGAGAAAGACGCUGUACCAGAACGCACCCAGGAAUAUCUACCGGCACAUCAUCCUCUCGGAGGUGAAGGAGGCCAUGGCAGCUCUGCCUCUGGAGGUGACCUCGCAGCCUGUGAUGGGGUACGACCCCUUGCCUCCUUUGGACUCCAUCGUUUCCUACACCAGACCAGAAAGAACGAAUCAUCCAUCCAAUGAAAGCACUUUAUCUCUCUUCUUCCGAUCGCUGUUGCCAAAUUUUAACUUGCAGGGGGACAUCAGGCAUGAGAGGGAUGAAGAGGCUGGAGCAGGGCAGGACCUUAACCAGGGGGUGAACAGGCUCAUGGCAGCCAUGCGGGACAUGCUGGCGAACAUCCAGUUUCAGGAACCCCCCCGAGAUGACAAUCCCGAAGGCGACGGGGACUGGGACUGA